AUGGACUUAGAAACUGAACAUUUGAUAGCAAGGCUUAAUGCUCAAAGUGAUUAUAUGGAUAUGAAUGAAGAAGAUUGUGAUAUAGAUGUAGAAAUUGAUGGGAAUGAGGAGGAAGAGACAGAAAUGCUCCACGGAACAGAUCAAAGUGAAACUCAAUCAACAACUCAAGCAACUCAAAAUGCUCCAUGGAAGAGAAAGUUAACUUCAAAGGUGUGGAAAGAUAUUGUGUUAGUUGGGGUUGAAGAUGAUGGCAAAGAAAGAGGCAAAUGCAUCCACUGUGGAACCAAGUUGGUGAUCAAUACUAAAACACAUGGGACUAAGAGCUUGAUUCGUCAUUUGGAGAAGUGUCCAAAGAAACCAAAGAAUGAAGAUAGGCCUCCAUAUGAUCAUCAGAUUAACCGUGAGAUGACAAGUGAGAUCAUAAUUUACCAUGAUUUGCCAUUUCGCUAUCUUGAGUAUGAGAAACUUAGAGCAAGAGACAAGUAUCUCAAUCCCGAGUGUCAACCAAUUUGUAGACAGACUGCUGCAGCGGAUGUGUAUAGGAAGUAUGAGAUGGAAAAGGUCAAGCUGAAAGAAGUACUUGCAAACCAGCGUGCGCGUGUCUGUUUCACUUCAGACUUAUGGACAGCUCAAGGUAAAGUUAUGAGUUAUAUUUGUUUGACAGCCCACUACAUUGAUGAAAACUGGCACUUGAAUAGGAAGAUUUUGCAAUUCUGUGAACUUAAAUCUCCUCACACUGGUGAAGAAAUCUCUAACAAGAUUCUGGAAUGUUUGAAAGAAUGGGGAUUGGAGAAAAAGGUAUUUUCUAUUACCUUAGAUAAUGCAACAAACAACAAUAGUAUGUUGAACAUUCUCAAGGGUCAACUUCAAAUGAUUAGUGUGAAGAAAGGUUUAGAUCUAGCAAAAGAUGUUCUGCACAACAUCAGAGAGAGUGUGAUAUAUGUUAAAGCAUCUUCAAAGAGGAGAGACGCUUUUGCUGCAUGUGUUGAGAGAGUAAAGAUUAAGAGUGGAGCAGGGUUAUCACAGGAUGUUCCUACCAGAUGGAACUCCACAUAUGAGAUGCUUGUAAGAGCUUUGAAGUUUAAGGAAGCAUUUGUCAGCUUGAAGUGGUUUGACAGCAACUACAAGACUUUGCCUUCUGAUGAUGAAUGGAAUCGUGGAGAGAAAAUCUGUGAGUUGUUGAAGCCGUUUAGUGAUAUCACGACACACUUUUCAGGUUCUAAGUAUCCUACUUCUAAUGUCUAUUUUACACAAGUGUGGAGAAUUGAACUGUUGCUGAGGAAAUUUGCAUCUUGUGAUGAUGAAGAUGUGGCAAAACUGGCUCAGGAUAUGCAGAUUAUGUUUACCAAGUAUUGGGAGGAUUAUAGUCUUAUUUUGGCAAUGGGAGCUGUUUUAGACCCAAGAAUGAAACUGCAAAUGCUUGAAGUAGCUUAUGAAAGAGUUGAUCCAACUACUUCUGCAUCGAAAAUCAAAAAGCUUAAAGACAAUUUGGAGAUGCUCUAUGAAGAUUAUAAGGCUAAGUCUAGGACUUGUUCUUCAAGUAUUUCUGUAACUCCAAAUCCGCAUGAUUGGGUCAAUGAAUCUCCACUUGAUGAUGAUUAUGACAAUGUAAGAAUGUUGCUUUUGUUGUUUAUGUUGCUUGUGUUGCUUAUGUUGCUUAUGUUGCUUAUGUUGCUUUUGUUGUUUAUGUUGCUUGUGUUGCUUCUUUUCUGUAGGAUCUUUUUGAGCUUGAAAAAAGCAUCAGAGUUGGAGUAG